AUGUCAAUAGGGGCAAAUGCCAUUUUUCGGCCGCAUAAUGCUGUUUCUGCUGCAGUGAUACGGUUCGUGCCUAAUUUUGUUGCUCUUCGACUGAGUUGGACCCACAAUUCUCUUCGAAGUGAAGGAUUAGAACAGUUCAUCGAGGAGUUCCUUCCCGUUAUUCGGGAAAAUAAUCCGCAAAUAAAAUACUUCUUGCAUAGAACCUACACGGAAUGUGAUCCGUUCGUUGUUGGAGAGUAUACGUGGACGCGAAGCCGUCGAAAACGUGCCUCAUGGAGGUCAAAGCACCAAGUUCUAUCUAUGGUUGAAGAAAUGGCAGUUGGAGGCGAUUAUCGACCAGGUCUAAAGCGAGGUGUUAACAAACGUCUCCCUCGUGGGCAGGAAUUGUGGGAUACAGAAACCAUAGGCCACGAUGUUUUCAAGGUCCAUAGUAAGUGGAAAGCUGACGAAGAUGAUCUGAAAAUGCCGACCUCUGAGAAGCAUCCACAUUUUGUAUAUAGGAAGUAUUAA